AUGACAGCAACGUCAGGCACGUCCCCACGUGCACUACGCGCUGCUCGACAAGGGGGGGCAGCGCAGCCACAGGAGCAGGAACAGGAGGGACGGGUGGAUUUAACGGCAACUGGGGAGGCUAGGGUGGAGGCUGUGGGGGCUGGGGAAGAGGAAACGGAUUCGGCCGCGGCUGCCGCGGCUGCCGGUCUUGGGGAUGUGCCAGCGGCGGGAGCUGCCGCUGCUGUUGCGCUGGAGAUGGCGGAGUCGGGGCCGGCGGCACCUGCGGCGCCUGAGAUGGCGGCGGGUGUGUCUGCUGCAGUGCCAGAUGCCGCCUCUGACGACGGCUCAGUCCCCCUCCCCUCCGCCGCGCCCCAGAUCCAGUCGACUCCAGCAGGGCGGGGUCCAGCUGCGGUUGCGGCUCGGACAACAUCGGCGGCGGCGCUGCAACCGUCUCCUCCAGAGCAGGCCGACUCACCGGCGCCGGUCGGCUCGGCGGAAGUGGCUGCGGUGGUGGCUGCGGCGGUGGGGCGGCGGGAAGCGGAUUUGAACGGGGAUGCCGAGGGCGCUGGUGGCUUGUCCUCCGAAACGCCUGCUGCUGCCGCGGACGUAGACACGCCGGAGCGCGCCCAACAGGUGGAUGAUAGAUCGGGGUGCGCGGUCGGCGGCGGGUAUUCGCCUUCCCGCGCGAGGGCGUCGUGGAGGUUCCCUCGAGCCCAGCCAGCACCGAGGCGGCUUGGAGCAGGGCUGGGACCUGGCGCCCCGGGACCCCUCCUGGGCUGGCUUCUGCAAGGGCAGACGCCACGAGGGCAAGAGCAUCCGCCGCCAUCCCGAGGAAGAUCGCCGGGAAGUGACGCCGCCGCAGGAGCAGCACGGCAAGCAGCAACACCACGGAUGCCAGUGGCGGGGUUGACGGCGGCAGAUGCAGGAACAGAUGCGCCGGCGGGAACGACGGCUGCGCCAACAGCAGGAGCGGCAGUGGCGAAUGAGACGGGGGCGACGCCAGCCGGCGCCAGACGUUCAGCGCGGCUCGGGACGAUAACGUGGGGACCCCCGCGAGGCGGGCGAACCCCGUGGAUGCCGGCGGGCCGGGGAGGACACGCGGGGACGAGGACGGCAGGCGUUGCAGGGCGUGGUAACCGGGGGAGUCUGCGCGGGGGGCUACGGGGAGGAAGGGGAGGGCGCAACGUGGCGCCCAGAUCCGAGAUCCCCGUAAGGACCGGUCCCUGGCGGGAACGUCACGCCAGGCCUGAGAGAGAGCAGCCGCAGACGAAUGGGGAACAAGGGGUCUCUGACGACCCUGAUGGUGACCUUGAGUUUAUGGCUGGGGAAGAGGAGGUAUCGGAGGAGAUUUCCCUCGACGACGAGGAAGCCCCACGCAGGCGGAGCAAUCCACGACCACAAUCAGGGGAGGCGGCGGAGCGGAUCCCUGGCACGACUGAGGAGCAAGGAGGUGAGGCCACGGGGACUCGGAUGUGCCGUCACCGGCUGACCUGGCUGGCGACGAUGCCAUCUGGAUCAUGGCGGGGGAGAGGAAUGUGGACAUUCUCCAGCGAGGUGACUAGCCUUUCCUCGUCCGACGACUGCCACCGCAACUGCUUGACAGAUAUUGCCUCUGCUUGUUGGCAGCCUUUAUCCGCCUGGAGAAACAUCCCGACUGCCGAGGAGGUUGGACGGUGCUGCUCUUUCUCCCAAGGCUCACCCUGA